AUGCUCUUCUCCCGCUACGCCCUCCUCGCCCCAGCGGCUGCCGUCCUUGCCAAUGGCCAGGUCCUCAGCGACAUCACAUCCGUCUUCGGCGAAGCCACCUCAGCAGUAGCAUCGGUCGCAACAGGCAUAGCCUCCACCGUCGAGAGCGUCGCAACCGGCGUUGCAUCCACCGUCGAAAGCGGUGCCACGUCCGUCUUCUCCGAAGCCACCUCUGGCGCAGCAGGUGCCUUCUCCACAGCGACCUCCGCGGUCGAGAGCGUUGCUACCGGUGUGGCAUCUACUGUCGCGAGCGGCGUCACAUCCGUCGCCUCGGACGUUACGAGCGGUGCGGGUGGUGCUUUCUCAACAGCCACGAGCAAGGUGGACGGUGCUGCUUCCUCGGCUACAGACGGUGCGGGCGACGCAUUCUCCUCUGCUACAAGUGGUGUUGGCGGCGCUGCAUCAUCUGCUAGCUCUGUCCUCGACGGAGGCGCCAUGGCUACCGCUGUGCCAAUGUACGCUGGUGCUGUGGGUGCUGGUAUGGCUGUCCUCGCCAUGUUUUAG